AUGGGUCUUUUUUCGGAUCUGAAGAACCAGUUCAAGCGCGAGGUAGAGACGAACGAGGAGCUCAAGAAAUCGCUCGAGGAGCUACAAAAGACUAGAGAGCAAUUUGAGCACGUGAAGAAGGCCGCCACGGAAAAGGUGAGUGUGAUGGGCUCUAUGACCGAAGAAGCGGCUCGGAGCUUCCAGAAACAGGCCACAGAGGCUUCCCAGAAGAUCAAAGAGUCUCACUAUGGGUCAGCCAAGACCGUCCGUACAGAGGACGGAGGCGAACAGGAAAAAUCGACCAGCGAGACGUCGGCGGGUGGCGGCGCGGAGGAAGAGACGAAGAAAGCCGAAAGCGAUCGCGAGACGAACGAGUCGAUGGAAAACGCGCGCGCCUUUGUGUCAAACUUUUUCGCGGGUAUUGCUGCGCAAACGAACAGAGUCGUACGUUCUGGCAGUGUCUCGAAACUGCGCGACGGGUGGAAAGAGGCUGCGCAAGAGCUGUUUGGCAAGAAAGAAAAGCAGACAGUUGACGAGGCGCUGGCAUCAGUCCGCACGCCGUCCAUGAAGAAGUCAAAGACAGCAGAGCAUGAUGGCGAUGGACCUGCGGCCUACACGGGCACUAGUGCGUUGGUGGCCGUGAAGGGGACGGACAGCGCAUGGCAGCGUGUGAGUGCUCGCUUCCGCGAAGCCCCAAUCAUUAAGGGCAUUCUGGACGCUGCGAAGCAGGCAGCAAAGACCGAUGCAGGUAAAAAGGUGCAGCAGACGACAAAGAAGGUGAAGGACAAGAUCAGCGAUGCUCAGGAAGAGGUGCUGGAGGUUUGGGAGACGAGUCAAAACCCGUGGGUCUACAGGCUGUCGUCGAUCUAUGACGGCCUCUUCGGCGAAACUCCUAUGGGUGUAGCCAUCAAGGAAAUCCGUCGGGCCGAGCCGGACUUUAUCUUGGAGGAGUGGAAGGAGAACAUUGAGAAAGUGGUCCUGCCAGGAGUGCUCGAGGCGUUCCUGCGUGGCAACAGCCGUGACUUGAAGAAAUGGUUUGGCGAAGCAGCGUACUCGCGUGUGAACAUCGCCAUCCGCGAGCGCAAGUCGGAGGGUUUGGUGAUGGACCCGCACGUGCUCAGCAUCGACAACGUCGAGGUCAUUGAGGCUACGGCCGAAGACAAGCAAGCUCCGAUCGUCCUGAUGCGGUUCCAGGCGCAGCAGAUCAACUGCAUUCGCAACCGCGAGGGCGAAGUUGUCGAGGGGUCGGAGGACGAGGUGCUGGCCUACUACUACAUCUUUGCCUUCCAGCGGGAGUACGACGAGGAGCUCGAAGCCCUUCGCUGGAGAAUUGUGGAUCUCCACAUGCAGCGCGGCGGUCGCUAUUAUUAG